GCCGCCAUGCGCAUUAUCGACCGGCUUGGAUCCAAGUCGGCCGAUGCGCUUAACAUCGACGAAUUGUCGAAACUAAGUUGGGCUAAGGCUCAACUGGCUGAGCUGGACAGCUCAAACACUCCUCCAAGCGCAGAUGCAGCGAACCAAGGCGCAUCUGCUGGGCCCAAACGGCAACGCUCAGAGGAGGAGCUGCUCCAGCAGCAGAACACACAGCCGAAGACUAAACGUCCGAAGCAAGAGGCUCGUGUGAUAAGAAGGCCUUACAGUGAAGUUGCUCGCAAUCCACUUGUAAGGGCUAUUAUCGACAGGAGUGUUGAUGACGGAGCUAUCUCCCAGGAGAAAUGGCUGAAAAUCCGUCAGGGUAUGCUGGGGGUAUACUGGAAGAUUCUCAAGGAGAAUCCCGGUCCAUCCCCGCAAAACGACGAUGCUGGCUGGUAUCAAGGCCAUGUAAAACUGCUAGCGUGUACCAAUGACCGCUCAGCUCUACUGCUAAAAUUAGCAAUUGCGUCCCUAGGGGAAUUGUGGCCUGGCGCGAAACUGGACGUGAUCCCGGUAAACGAGAUACCUCGUAGACCGAGAUCAGUCACAGUUAUUCCGGCGGAGCCACAUGAACCUGAGGAGAUUCUGGCAUACAUUCAGAGCGGUAAUCCCGAUCUACCAACCCAUAACUGGAAGGUGGUUAAGGUUUCCGCUCCUGAAGGUGCGCAUAGAAAGGUGGUCGUAGUCCUUAACAAGGAAUCCUUGGCGCCACUACGUGAGAGGCAAAGCAAGAUUUACUAUGGUUUCGAUAGUAUCAAGCUGCGCAUCUACCGUGGUGACGACAAGCUCGACCCCGAAACUUCUGGUGUUAAACUGGAAGCUCCGCAGGAUAUGGACUGCAAAAUUAAACUGGACGACCCCGCAAGCUCUGAGGACAAAAUGGAGACCCAAUCACACUCCAGUAUGGUUGGGGACCUAUUCUGCGCUCUGGGUGAUGUGGAGGAUGAAGAUGUUCUUCUGGAAUCAGACCCAGAAGACAUCGACGUUACGGUCAUAUAUGAUCCAGACCAUGGUGAAGGCGAUCCAAGUGAACCUUCACCACUCUAAGGCAGCUUCGGCUGCCCUGCUCCUCCACAUUGCUAAAUAUGGGGAGGACAUUGCGUUGGUCCAGGAGCCGUGGAUACACAAUGGCGAAAUUCGUGGACUCAACGCCAAAAAGUACAAACUUUUGUACAUAAGACGCACAGCGAUGAAGAUACAGUAGCUGCUGCUUGGGAGACAGGUGCAGGUAAGGUGUGGCUGCUCUCGAGCUAUAUGGCGCACGACCAGGUUGAACCACCACCGAAUAACCUGGUAUCUAAUAUGAUGCGUGCCGCAAAUAGGGCCAGAACUCCUGUAAUUAUCGGAGCUGAUGCAAAUGCUCACCACACAAUCUGGGGUAGCUCAGAUAGAAACGAA